UUGCCUUCCGGCGGCCUCCAUUUCGUUUCCUGCCUGCCCCGCCUCCAGCCUCCUCGUCUCCUCUCCUCUCCACCCCUGCCUCCGCCCCCCGCCCCCCUGCGAGAUCGGCAGCUCUUGUACGGGUGUUCUGGUGCCGGUGGUUUGGCCUUGGCGCACGCUCCCGCCUCCUGCUGUUGCUUCCCUGGUGCACAGCCGGUGAGCCGAGUUUCCGUCAGAUUCGGUGGUUCCGCUGGUUUGGAAAUCCGGAGAUGGCUCGUUUUCAGGCGAUGAACGACCAAAGGCCUGCUGCUGAUCGCGUCGGCCAUGCAGACUUCAUGGACCAUCUGAAGAGAACUCUCGAUUCGCCAGAAGGAGCGCGAGCUCCUAAGGUCACAAUUUUGGCACUUGCCGUUUAGGCACGCAAGCCAUACACGAUAUCCAAGCAGAGGGAGAAAUGGACGGAGGACGAGCACAAGCUCUUCUUGGAAGCCCUUCAGCAACAUGGCCGUGCCUGGCGUCGUAUACAAGAGCACAUAGGCAGCAAGACUGCCGUGCAAAUCAGGAGCCACGCUCAGAAGUUCUUCUCCAAGGUCUUAUAGCCUUUCGCAUAGAAAAAAAACCAUCAUCCCCUCUGCCUGAAAAAUCCAUGGAUUGUGUUGCUUGCAAGGUCAUCCGAGAAUCAUCUGGGGAUAGCAACAGCAUAGCUGCUCCACCACAAAUUCAUAUUCCUCCACCACGGCCAAAGAGGAAGCCGGCGCACCCAUACCCGCGCAAGCUGGGUAAUUCACUCUGCAAGGAUGCCUCUACAAUCAAACAGCUUGAGAAGCCCCAGUUGAAGAUACAGUUGCUGUCUGAGCAGGAGAACUGCUCACCAAAAUCUGUGUUAACCGCAGCACAGAUAGGAUCCCAGACCAUGGAAACUGAAGGUAGCGGAUCACCAGCUUCCUCGGUUUACAUGGAGGAGAAAGGCCUCACACCAAGCACAUCAGUUGGGGAGUUAGGUGUGCAAGUAGCACUUUCCAAGGAUGCCACCACUUCCAAUGGUGCGGCAUGUGGAAUACCUGAAGGUCCAGUUCUUAGGCUAUUUGGCAAGAGGGUUGUGGUAAAUAAUUUGCAUCAGCAGCCAAACUCCAAUACUGGAAACCUAAAACAUGCGGCAGACAUGGAACUGGACUCUUCAGCUGAGACACCAACUAGUGGAACUGGGAAGUUCUCUUCCCAUGGUGCAGAAGAAGCGAAGACAUGGAGCCCGUGGCUGACUGGUACACAGCAGUUCGUGUACUAUCUUCCUCAAGGGGAGGUUCUUUCUGUACAUUCCGCUUGCCAAUUUCUCAGCUACAGUAAUGGAAGCAUAUCUUAUGGAGUGUUGAAUCAACAGACAGUUGCCUCAAAUAAGCAGCAGCACCAGCCAUCUCAAGCUUCAGACUGCAAGUUCACAAGGGCAGAAGGAUCGUGGGCGGAAUCGAUCACAACCUCCAGCAGUGUGCCUGAAACAACAACUCAGAAUUCAGAUUCUAUAGAAUCAACUCAAGUAAACAACGACGAUGAUGAAGUGAUACCUGUUCCAGGUUCAAGAAAAUUUUUAAGCACAGUUCCAACCUACCUUCGAGGUUUUGUGCCAUACAGGAAGUGCACAGCACAAAGCAAGAUGCUGCAGUCACAGGUUCCUGGCGAGGAGGCAGACGGAGAUAUGACAAGGCUGUGCCUGUAAAUUUUUGGGUCCUCAACAUCGCUGCUGGGGACGUUUUUGCUGAUAUUCAAUACAUAUGACUAGUACAGUACCGUAGUGCUGAUGUUUUGCAGGAAGACCGUUCUGGCGUUCUGCUGUUGCUUAUGAGAGGCAAGAUUGAAACCGGUGAAGUAGCCUUCCACAAAUGGGGAGGCGACUACGGUUCCUCUCUGCCCAUGUAUAGUUCAAGACUGAUGUUUCCAUUUUCCUCUUUGCGUAUUUGUAAUUUCCCACAAUGCUGGAGGUUCAGAGGUCAACGGUUUACAGUUUUGAUGCAGUAGGUAAUGUAAUAAUUAUAGGAGACCGUAUUGUAUGGCGUACGAAUGUAAAUUACCGAUGCUGUUCCUGGAACAAUGACAUUAUGGCAUGGCAGCUAAAACAACUGAAUGUUGCUGA